UUUUUGUUGGACUUUUUCAUUUUGUGUACCGCUGCGAAUAAAAUGUCGGAAGCAAAAAAUAUAAACGUUCUGUUUCAGAUGUGCUCAAAUUUAAUGAAAAUUUGGAAUAAAAAGCCGGUUAAUCUGGACGAAUGUGGUAAGAUGCUGGAAAAGUUGAAGGUCACCUUGGUUGAGUAUCAAAUUGAUUUCUUACCUUCUCAGAGUUCUACAUUAAACAUUGAGCACAUUGUAACAGCGAGAGAUACGUUAGAAAUAGGUGCUCAGUGGGCCAUAGCUAUGAAAAACAAAGAUUUAUUUGAAAGAUACAUGGCACAAUUAAAAUGCUAUUACCUAGACUAUAAAAGUGAUGGCAAAUUAAGUAACAUGAAUUCAUCUCUUAUGGAAUCGCCAUACAAAGCACAGCUACUUGGCUUGAAUUUGUUGAGGUUGUUGUCAGAAAACAAAUUGUCUGACUUUCAUACCGAAUUGGAACGGUUGAAAAGUGAUGAUUUGAAGAAUAGCGUCUACAUAAAACACCCAAUUCAAAUAGAGCAGUACAUGAUGGAAGGAAGCUACAACAAGCAUUCUACCUCUAUACCGUCUCGCAGUCCAAGUAUAGACAAAAAUACUCUCGUGAAACGGUGGAAGGAGAUUGCAGAAUGUUUUGAAAAGGCUUAUGAGCGUCUCAACGUCCAGGAGGCUGCCAGGAUGCUCUUUCUAGACUCAGCCAAUGCUGCAAUUAACUACGCAAAAAACAAAAAUUGGAAACUGGAAAACAAUUAUUUUGUAUUCCAUCGACCUGAAAGAGUGGAUGAUCUGGUGCCCUCAACUGAACUGGCAGAAAAAACAAUUGAAUAUGCAAAAGAACUAGAGAUGAUUGUAUAAAAUCCAUCUGACAAAACUUCGCUUUUUGUUCUCCUAAAUUUAGUUGUAGUAAAUCAAUUUGUUUUUGACACAAA